CUCUACUUUGUUGGUUGUUCCUCUGUGUCUAAGGGUCAUUCUUUUGGUCCUGGUAUCUAUUCUGUUUUCGCUUUCUGUCAUUGAAUUUACUUAUCGUCUUCGAUUUUACUUAUCCCAUGUUCUGUCUUCUUGACGUGAAGAUGCUGUAGCUUUCUGACGGCGUCUUCUGGAUCUGGGGCUGGCGGCCCCAGGCGGAGGUUUGUGUUGUCUCGUCACGGAGUGUCGUUUUCAUAUAUAUCGGCUUCUUAUGCUUUCACCUUCACCUCCACGAGUCAGCACGACCGCAAAGUCAAAAUGUGGAAGCAGUAUUUGAUAUCUUUUUGUGGGUGGUGCUCGUUCUCCUCCCAUUGCGCAUUCGUUUCUGGGGUAGUCCGCGGGCGGUCACUCCUCCGAUCUACAGAAGUACUGCACACGAAUGGAGACCCGACGAAGAACGCAAGCACAUCAUCCGCAGUUCCGCCUUUUCUCUACUAUGUGUACGACACAGCUGAUUUCAACUGGCGGCGCGACGGAUGCGUUUGGGGGCCGGAAAAGCGGUCUCUGGCGCUGGAUGUUGAGUCCGGAAAAAGCCCCCGCCCCAGCUUGUUUUACACCCUGCAGGAGAAGUUUAUGGGAAAGCAUAUGUCGGACAUUUUGUUUUCCGACCGGGCACUGGAAAAGAACCAUCCCUGGCGGACGGAAGACCCCGAAAAAGCGCAAGUGUUCGUCGUCCCCGCGCUCCUGAAUCUCCUGUCGCAGGCACAGAGCUCUUUUGCAAAAGAUCUCGGGCCGAUUUGCUGCCCAUCAGGAGAAGACAAGCUGGUUUGCGACUCGGACCUCGCCGCGAAUCUGGAUGCAGCUUUAGGGAAGAGCGAGUACUUCCGACGCAAACACGGUGCGGACCACGUGAUCGUAGCAUCCCACUGGCAGUCGCACUUGCUGUUUGAGCACACGCUGCCGAAUGUGAAUCGCUUGAACGUGAUAUCGUUCGAAGGCGAACUGUGGUGGAAGUCGCCCGGCGUGUUCGCGGCCGGCGAGAAGCCGCGUAAGCGCAUUCCGGAUCUCUACGUUCCUGUGGUGUGUCCUUCUGAAACGGAAAGCACAGCAACACCAGCUGCUGAAAAUGAAAAUCAGUUUCUGAAGAAAAAAAUUACAAGAAAUGCGAAAGAACAAGACGUUCCGGUGCGAGCAAGAUCUUCUUCUAGUUCUAUGCAAGCACUGCACAGUACACGCCAUGAUGAGCAGUCGUUUCCCCCUGCCGGUUACUUUUCGAUGAUCGGACAAGUGGACAAGCGGCCGGCGUACCAAUUCAGAAAAUGCAUCUGCGAAGCGGUCGACGCCAUUGCAGAUGCAGAAGUCAGAGACCAUUCGAUCUGCGCCAGCACUAGCAAUGCGACGUCGACUGUCUUUCCCAAUCGGUGUCCGGGAGAGCCAGACGUGUGGCCGAGCAGACGAACACUGGACAGCAGCACGACACCUCCAGAGAAGAACAACAAGCUCUCCGCUACAACUUCUGAAAUCGCCUGUACCAUGGGCCGCUCGACGAAAAAGUACUGUGAUGCGUUGACGAAAACGCGGUUCACGCUCUACGCCUCGGGUGACACGCCCUCCAGCAACCGGCUGGCUGAUGCCAUCGAGUACGGAUCGGUGCCCGUUUUUUUGCAGAAGAACCAAACCACCCUUCUCCCCUUCCGCUCAAGAAUACCCUGGGACAAGCUUGCGGUGGUGUUCCCAACGCUAGAGGAAGACGAGGAGAGCUGCGACCGGGAGCACCUAGCGGCUGUUCUCGCGCGAGUGGCGCACACCGUGAGGGGCCCACUGUUGGCGGCGUAUGAGAAAAAGAUUGAAGAAUAUCGACCCUAUCUCUCGUGGACGGCUCCAAAAAGUAAGGUUUUCGAAAUGCUCCUGAUGGAGGUAGUAGGGCCGGGAAAAAGUGAAAAGGUUGACGACCACAAUGAGAUUUUCACUUGGUGAAACUGCCCAAUUUGAAUUUCUUUUCCAGAUGUAGUGAGGUAAAGCUGCUAAAGCAAUCUUCGAACUUGACCUAAACCCU